CGCGACCGGAACAGAGAAUCCCAAUCGCAGGCGCUGUAAGCCGGCCAAAAAGGACCUCUCCCUCGGUUGCCGUGGGGAGGGUGCUGGGUUUGUAGAAGUCUCUGAUUGAUGAGGGGUCUUUCGUCGAUGUGGAGUCGUUUCCGCCUUGCGAGCCUGUGUUUAGGGUCUUGGAGUUCCGCUUACUGUGCACAUAACUCUGGCCGCACCCGGAAAUGGCAUGUUGAAAUCAGGAGAUAUCGGUGGCUGCGCGGGGAGCCUGGGGGCUAUUUGGAUUGUCGGCCGAGAUCAAGCAGUGAUCGGCGUGGUCGAGUCGCUCCCCCGCAUCCCGCCAUAUGGAUUCGGGGUUGGUUCGCUGUGGUCUCAUUCGGCACUCCUUCCGAUAACAAAGUUGCUUGUUUGUUGUUUGCCAUUGUAUACUGUGCAAGAGAUUGAUUUGACGGCUGCGUGAAUCGAGAGAGGGUCGAACAAAAAGUCUGUGGGGGUCGCAUAGUUUUCUCGCCCGGUUUGGGGGUCGUUUCUUGGGUAAUGGUUACC